AUGGCAUUCUUCGCCCUUCUAUGGAAGGCGCGAACUAUAGAAAAAUAUCGACUCAACUAUGAAAAAGAGAAGAUCAAUUCGAUAAUGGUGGGACCCACGCAGAUGGAACAAACGUUGUCCCAGAGAUGGCGACACUAUCGACACGACACAAAAAAGCGAAUAUCAAGGACCUUCCAAAAAUGGUAUCCUGAGGGAAGUGGAGUCGCAAAGUUCUUCUUAUACUUGAGAACAGAUCAGACAUUUCCCAAUUUCCUGUUGAAAAGUGUGUUGGGAUUUCUUGGGGGCAUAAUACUGACGUAUCUUUGCUUCAUGUUCUUUGUAUUCCAGCUAUCGAUAUCGUUGAUACACGCGACUAUUAUGAGUUCCAUUAUUGGAGUGCUCUUGACUUUGGGCUUGGCUUUUAGCUAUCGGAUUAGAUGCCUAGUAUUCCUCCUGAUUCCUCAGUUCUUCUCCCGGGUGGGGAGGUAUACCCUAACCUGUUACGCUCUGGUGCUCAUCCUGACAGGCCCAGCUACCAAUACCCUCAAGAAUUCCGAAGUGCUGUCAGAGUCUAUGGCUUGUAGUCAAGAGCAGAUAAAGAACAGCGUCCACGAAAUAAACGAUUUCAUGAAGAGGCCGUUCAACGCCCUGAAGGAUUCCUUGAAGCUGAUGGUAGACCGGCUGAAGAUGAUCACGUCGAAGGUUAAGGAGACUAUUAUCAGGAUAGAUAGACUCGUGUUGAGUGUUGUAAGCGUCAUACAUUCCUCCUUCGCUUGGUUGCAAUCUGUCACCGAUAUUUGCAACGAGAAACUCGGAACUCCUUACGAGAGAUGCCACAACGCUAUGGCUGAAGGGAUAGCAGAUUGUGAGAAGACUUUAGGACCUGAUAUCUCGAAGAUGUGUCAUGUAGUGUAUGUGGCCCAAGCUGCUUGUUAUUCAGUGAAACCCUUCGCGGCUUUCUGUUAUGCAACCGAUUUUGUAUUGGAUGAAGCCGUUUUGGUCGGUGUUAGGAAGAAAUUAAAGAACUUCUCGGAGCACAUGCGAGCGAUGUUCCACGUGGAAGUCCACAUGAGUCACGCUUACUCCUUCAGUAGCAACACCAGUAGGUCUGCCAGUCAGGUCGCCGCUGGCAUCGUCACUGAGAUCAGGAACAGAGCUGAUCCUCUACUUACCUGGUUGUCUUGGAGUUCUUGUGUCACGAGCUUGUUUCUGCUGCUUAUUAUAUUCAGAGCAAAAUACUACCAGCAUAUGUAUGAGACCCGCUCGAGAUUUGACAAUCGUUAUGUAACCAAAGAGUUACAAGAAUUGGAUUUGAAAAGGCAGCGCCAAGGCAGAGAAACGGUCCUGCCUUUGAAUAGACGAGAACGUGCCAAAUAUAUUACUACAACAUCGUUCCGUCUCGUGGCUUCUGAGAAAGUCUAUCUGAAUCGUUCAGCAGUGUUCAUGGCUAUAACUACCUUCAAGCUGCUGAUACAUAUGGUGGCUGAUUAUAGUCUGUAUUGGGUGUUGAUGACCAUACGUUACCAUGGGAGAUACCAUACUGAUAUGAUGCGUGAGUUUGUAGAUGUUUUAUUCAAGAAAAACAUUUUUUUUCAAAUUCAAUUCAAAUUUAUCAAUUUGCUAUUUACAGCUGGUAUGCCCCACACAGGGGCUCAUGUGACGGGCACUGGCUUCGUGGCUAGACUGUUCAAGUCCAUAAUAGGUGUUCUGGAUAUACCCCUCAAGUUCACACCACCUUCUCCUAUAUCGUGCUUGCCGGAUCCUUAUCCACCUGAUUUGAGGAGGUAUACUCAGAUUGGAGUCCUUAUCUUUCUACUAUGGUUCUUCGCUCUAUUCGAACCAUAUGGGCUGCGACUACGUCAUCUCAUCAUGGGACACUAUAGACCCGAACGUGCCAAAGCUAGAGCUACAUGGCUGUACAAUCAUAUCUUGAGGACCAGAGCCAGUUUCAUGAAGUUUGCCAGAAGGAAACUACAUCGUGAGUACAAGUACACGUCGGAGGCUUCACUUACCUUUCGACAGUGGGUCACUCGUCGUGUACCGUGUGAAACCCCGGGCUGCCCAGGUACAUUCUGCAUCAGUUGUUUCACAGACAUCGGUGAACUAUGUACCAUCUGCCUAUCACCUGCCGAUUAUGGUGACCUCAGUGAUGUUAGUUUCGAAAAAGGUUCUACAGACGAUGAUAGUGACAGCGAUGCUGGAAUUUAUGACGAUAGACACUCUGGAAAUGCUAUGUAUAUGAGUGAUAGCAGUCACUCCACAAAAUCUUCUAGCAGCGAACACAACAGUAGAUGGCAUUAUUUUACUAGAAGUGGAAAUAAAACAGGGCCUUUUGAUGCAAUUGCCUUAAUACAUGCGAAUAAGUAUGAAAGAGACAUUAUCACAAACUAUUUCCUUAAACAGUACAGAACUAUGAAAAGUAAUAUGAAAAUACGUUGUUGGGAUAAAAAGUAUACUCUAGAUUGGGUCACGAAACACACUUCUGAAAUUUUGUAUGAAGAAUUAGAAGCUGAAGAAAAUUAUAACUCUUAUUCAAUUGAACAAAUUGCUGAAUUUGAUAAAGUCGCCAAUAGAACAAAAUCUGUCGGUGUUAAUACUGAUAGAAAUCGUGGUGUCAUACUAAACAUGUUACUCAAUAACUUUCGUACACGAAAACUAAAGACGAGUAGGAAUAAAAAGAAAAAAGAUAAACCAAAUCAAAAACAAUACACAAAGUUAUCUCACACUGAAAAUGUAAAGAGACCUAAUGUAAAGACCCAUACCCACCAGGUAUUAGAAUACAAUAUCUUGAAUCUUCAUGUCAAAUCGUUGUUAACGUCUAAAUCAUUAAAUGGUCACAAUUUGGCAAUACGGCAAAGAAAUUUGAAGAGCAUUGUAAGAGGUAAGAAAGAUACCACAAGAAAAGAUAAACAGAAAGUGUACGAAGAACUAAAAGGUGUCAUAAAAGCUAUCAGACAAUUUCUUAAAUGUAAUGACGUUGUCGAUGGCUCCAAUGAAAAUAACGAAGUUACUCCAAACAAUAAUCCUGUUGAAGAAAAUCAGGAUGCUACUAAACCUUUAGACAACACUGGCAUUGACGAAAAGAAUAAUAAAAAGAAAGGCUCCAAGAAAAAUAGCCUGAACAAGCCAAAAAAAUCGAAAGAUUUGAAUAAAUCUAAAACGAAGAACUCACGCUAUAGGAUAGCUGCAUUUCACACGUUCUUCUCGAACCAUUGGAAUAAUUUUAAAUGCGCUAUAAUGCCUUGCACUGCCCAGAACAGAUCAGACAGCCCCAUAUCGAAAGAGAAAAGAAAUCAUAAACGAAGAAAAAAACGGAAAGAUAGCAUUGACUUGAAUGAAACGGACGUAGAAGAAUGUUUUGCGAGAAAGGAUAUUAAACAUACGAGAAACCUUAGAAUAUCAGCAUUUUUAGCUGAAUGGGAAUGGACCAAAAGGGAUUAUAGGAAAGAUAAAGAAUGUGAAGGAAAUGACGAUUCUUUUUUCUUUACUGAUGGCCCUCCAAUAACAACCAAUAAGAUCAUAGGCAUGGUACAACUGAAAAAUUUACCAUUUCAAUGGCGGGAGGCACCGCAUGCUCAACGGAACGGUCCCAAAUUAAAAAUAGUUCAGCAAGAUAAACCAGAUAAGAAGCCAGAGAAACUUGAUAAAAAGGAUAAAAAGGCCCCAUGUCCCAUCACACACCAGUCCGACAAAUAUUUGAAGAUAUUCACGCCUUUACCCAAACAUAAACCGGAUAAACCAGCUAAAAAGGAUAAAAAGAAUAAAAAGGAAAAAAAAGACAAAAAGGACAAAAAAGAUAUAAUAAAAGCUCCAUGUCCCAUCACACACCAGUCCGACAAAUAUUUGAAGAUAUUUACGCCUUUUUCAAAACUUGCAGAAAAGGUCUGCAGCAAGAAAACUGUGGAAAAGGUUCGCAACAAAGUGAGCAUCGUGCCAACGCCACUUUCUCUACCACAUUCCAGCUUCUUGCACAAAAUGAUGAGUUCCUUGAACGUUAAUCGAGACAAAAGUUUUCCUAGAGAUGAAACUUCAAUUUGCUUAUCAAAACGAGCCAGUUUCUAUCGGCAGUUCACUAAAGAACUGACUCAAAACUCUGACGUCAUGGCCACUGACAUGUUAUUCAAAAAUGAAAAUUUCUCAAAUGAUUUUGCAGAGGACCCCUCCGAGUUCAUUGCGACUUCCAAAUUUGCAUUUAGCGACAACUUACUGGGAUCCGAAUUAAUCAUUUCUCGGUGUUCCAAAACUAAGAAGAAGGUUUCCAAACGCUGCAAAUGUGGGGCUUACGAUGAUCUGCAGAAGAAAUGGGCUCAUGUUAAACAAUGUUUAUCGGAGAAAGGGUAAGCACUUUAAUCAUGUGUGUAGUAUUUUUAUGGCGCUGAAUUACAAAUUUAUAUUACCACAUAACAUUUAUCUAGGUGCAAAAACCCACUCGGGUUGAUGAAGAAUUU